AUAUGGCCCGACGAAUGGGAGAAGAUCCGAAAGCUUUUCGUGGUGGAUCACGCCAUCCGGGUGAUCCGGAGGGAGGCCCCCGAGGAGAGCGCCGAGCGCCUGCUGUACAUGACCGAGCCUGAGCUGUGCCUGGACUGCCGAGAAGGGCUGUUGUACCAGCAGCAGAGAGACCUGCGGGAAUACACCCAGGCCACCAUCUACGUGCGCAAAGUGGUGGACGACAAGAAGGUCAUGAAGGAGGCUGCUCCGGAGCUGAACGUGAGCAGUUCGGAGGCCGAAGAAGAGCGGGAGGAGGCCAAGGUGGAAGGGGGGGAGCACGAUCCGGAUUUCAACCAGGCGAACAGCAACGCCAAGCGGCAGAAGGUCUCCCACCCCAACUCCGUGGUCUGCCAGAAGCAGGGCAUCCGGCGCAGCACCCGGCACAGGAGGAUCCGGGGGGAGAAGGCCCUCCUCGUCUCCGCUAACCAGACCCUAAAGGAUCUGAAGAUCCAGAUCAUGCAUGCUUUCUCCGUGGCUCCCUUCGACCAGAACCUCUCCAUCGACGGGACGGUGCUGUCCGACGACGUGGCCACGCUGGGCAGCCUGGGGGUCACGCCUGAGUCCGUGGUCUUGCUGAAGGCCGAUGAGCCCAUUGUGGACUACGCGGCAAUAGAUGACGUUAUGCAAGUCUGCAUUCCAGAGGAAGGCUUCAAAG